GACCACGUGACGUGUUGUGUAAUCGUACCUGCACUUUCCCACCAGAAACUCUCCGCCGGCGAUUCGAAACGUGGUUUCCGGUUCUUAACGGAACAGGGGGGGCGUAUAAUUACGGAUACACCCGCCGUACCGUAGCGGAGCAGGAUGUGCGGACGCACCGCAUGCACUCUAGCGCCGGACGACGUCAGCAAAGCAUGCUCCUACCGGGACAAGCGAGGGACGAGGAAGUGCCCCCAGUGGAGAGACGGGGACGCCACCAAAUACACGCCAUCCUAUAACAAGGCUCCCCAGUCCACUAGUCCUGUACUUGUGUCUUUAAAACACUUUCAAACGGAUGCAGACUCUUCCGAGCGAGUCCUUGCAGCGAUGCGCUGGGGACUUAUUCCUUCCUGGUUUAGUGAAUCAGACCCAUCAAAAAUGCAGUACAAGACCAAUAACUGCAGGAGUGAUACCAUCACUGAGAAGACCUUAUAUAAAGCCCCCCUGUUUAAAGGCAAACGAUGUGUCGUUCUCGCCGAUGGGUUCUACGAAUGGCAGAGACAGAAUGGUGAAAAGCAGCCUUAUUACAUAUACUUCCCUCAGAUCAAAGCAGAACAGUCUCCAGACACAAAAGAGAACGCGGGUUGGGAUGGUUGGAGACUGCUUACCAUGGCGGGACUCUUUGACUGCUGGGAAGCACCCAGCGGAGAGAAGCUGUAUACCUACACCAUAAUCACGGUGGAUUCUUCCAAAAGCAUGGAUUGGAUACACGACAGGAUGCCGGCCAUACUGGAUGGAAACGAGCAAAUAGAGAAGUGGUUGGACUUUGGGCAGGUGCCUACCCAGGAGGCUCUGAAACUUAUCCAUCCCAUUGAAAACGUCACCUACCACCCUGUUUCAAGCAUUGUGAACAGUUCACGUAAUAACACAGCGGAGUGCAUAUCUCCAGUUAUUUUAAACAAAAAGAAGGAGCCGGCGUUAAACGCAAGCGGUAAAAGAAUGAUGCAGUGGUUACAGAAUAAAUCUCCAAAGACGGAACACGAUCUCGGUCCUAAAUCACCACCCAAACUGUCCGAUUUUGCGAUAUCACCCAAGAAAACAAGUGCCGGUUUAAUGCAUCAGUGGCUAAAGAAGGAAGAUGCGCCGCUUCCGAAAAGACAGAAGAAAUAAGAAAGUUUCUGUCCCCAACACCCUGAAAUUGUUCGUAUUUUUACAAUUUGUGCGUUUUUUAAGCUUCUUUUUACACGGCCUGCGGAUUAAAAGUCACACCGUCAGCCAUUAACAAUCAGUGCCGAAACAGCACAAAUUUAACGGCUUCUUUUAAAAAACAUUCCUGUUAGAACAUUCACAGAUGUAAGUUUUGAGGCGUAGAAUCAGCUAUUUACUGCUAACGUUUUUUCCAUAAACUUUCUUCGGAAGUGAAUAGCGUUUAGCAGGGAAUAGUUGAUUUCACGUGCAAAGAAAACCAAGAUUUUGUGGGGAUGUGAGGGAAGCAAUUUAUCUACGCACUGUCCACUUCCUGAGCAAGUGCCUUCCAUAAUGCACACUGAAGCUGCCAGAUGAUUGGA